AUGAAAUUAACGCGUCCAGGCUGGACAGUGCAUGAGGUCGGCGACCACGACCGUAAGAAACGACAGCCAAUUUUCACCCUCGAUGUCCACCCAGACGGCAGCAGACUAGCCACAGGUGGAAUUGACGCGAUAAUUAGAGUAUGGACGACAGCUCCAAUUAGGAAUGAGAAAUUGGCCUGUAGUGAUAGAGUACCGAAGCAGCUAUCAACACUGGAUCAGCAUUCAGGCCCCGUACUUUCUAUUAGAUGGAGUAACUCUGGCAGGUAUCUCGCUUCUGCUUCCGAUGACCGCGCUAUCAUUAUCUGGGCAAUCGAUCCAAAUGGCGGUGGAAAGGUCUUUGGCAGUACUGAAGUUAAUAUUGAGGGCUGGAGAGCUGAGAGAGUACUCAGCGGUCAUGAUAGUGAUGUAACUGAAAUCGCGUGGUCAAAGGACGACAUCUAUCUCGCCAGUGUGGCCAUGGAUGGUUGCUUCAUGGUUCAUGAUACCCGCACUUUCGACCGAAUUAUCAAAAUAUCUGGCCAUGAUAGCUCUAUCAAAGGCGUUAGUUUCGAUCCUGCUGGUCACUACCUUGCAACUGCAUCUGAUGAUCGCAGUCUAAAGAUUUGGAGAACUGCUGAUUGGGGUUUGCAAGCUUGCAUUACUGAACCUUUCAUUGAAUCUCCAAGAGCUUUUGUCAGGCGUUUAUCGUGGUCUCCUGACGGUGCCAGUAUUAUUUGCGCUAAUGCCAUCGUGGAUAGCGUCUUUGUUGCUGCCGUGGUAGAACGCGAAGACUGGUCAUCUCAAAUGAAACUCGUUGGUCACGAAAACAGCGUUUUGUGCACCGCAUACAACCCACGCAUGUACAAAGACAGUCAGGGCUCCUUUUUCAACAUUUGUGCAACAGGUUCUACUGAUUCGGUGGUGUCGGUGUGGAAAAUCAACACCUCGAAACCACUCGUUGUUAUCAAAGAUCUAUUCAAUCGCCAAGUUCUCGAUCUUAGUUGGUCUAGAGAUGGCCUUACACUUUACUGUUGUUCAGCAGACGGUAGUAUUGUGGCACUCUCCUUCACUGAAGCUGAACUAGGUCAGGCGGCAGCUACACAGGAAGUUAACAAUAUUCUCUCCAUGUACGAGAAGCCAGUACCGCCAGUACACCCAAUUGUGCCAGUCGCGCAGCCACGUCCUGUUCUCCAAAAAGAACCAUCUCAUUUGGAGAAACUGAUGGAUAACAAGAGACCAGCCCCAACAGCUGUGGAGAUGUCGAAUAAAAAGAGAAUAGCACCCACGCUUGUUGAAUCUUUGCCAGGAGUCUCACCAUUCCAAGCAUCCACAUCUGCAACUGCAUCUGCACCAAGCCAUACGAACCCAUUUAACCCACCCACUUCAAAUACAUCUGCAUACCCAACCCAACCAUCAUACUACCCCAACAGCAUACCAGCCCAAACUUUCAACCCUCCACAUUUACCUUCAGACCUACUCAUGCCGAUGACACUACCACAUCCUCAGAAUCCAAAUGUUGUUGGGUACUGGCUACCGUAUGUAAAUGACCCGAAAGAAGAAAGUAGUGGGGGUGAUGAGGAUGGUGAGAAUGACAACGACACUCCCAUGGAAAUACAAGAGACAGAUCCAAGUCGCGUAAAGAUAUCAAACAUUCCAGCUGCGCUAAUUUACAAAAACGUUAAAGCUCGUACAUUGGGACAUGGUGUAAAGAGGAAAUCAAUUGGCGAAUCUAGGGAUAUAGGGGUUAUAGAGCAUACUACGAAAGACGUAACUAUUGCCGCGCCGACUAUCAAAUCGAGCCUUUUCCAUCAGUUCAUGGGCGCUGCUACUGUCGGGAAUAAAGAGUUGGACAGGGUGGAAGUGAGGAAUGCAGGCGGUCAAGUUGACAUGGAUAUGGUUGAAGAAGGUAAUGAUACAGAAAAAGAAAGACGACGCGAACAAAAUCGUACCGAGAUUUUCAUGUUAAGCAAGCGCAGCGAUAGUCAUACUAAGGAUAGUGGUAAGGUUUUGUGGGUCGACUACGUACCUUGCAGGGUGGUUAAUGUUGCUGUCGGGGAUGGUUUUGUGGGUGUGAGCAUGGAAAAUGGAACUUUAAGAGUGUACACUUUCUCAGGACGCAAGUUACUACCUGAUAUUACACUUGAUGCGCCCUGCUCAAUUUUAGAAGCAGAAGGUAGCAAGCUGUUUGCAAUAACAUGUUCAGCGAAUAUGUAUGAGUAUUGCACGAGGCAGCGAAAAAGUUUAAUAGAUAACACAAGUAUAGCACCCCUUCUCGGUGCAGAUGAGGCAAUCAAGACUGUACAGCUACGUUCUAAUGGUGUACCAGUACUGGUGUUAUCCAACGGCACAGCACAUGCUUACGACUACAAGAAUCUCAAAACAUGGAUACUCGUUAGUACAAUCAAAUACGCUAAAUCGGAUGCAUGGGAUAAACGAGGCAGACAUCGACAUUCAUCUUCAUCUGCACAGAGCACUCAAUCGCAACAUCACUACCAACAACUACAAACAAACCCAAUCACACAGAUUGAAAUCAUACUCAAUGAGAUGGUGGUCGAUGAAAAACUUAAUCAAGAAAUGAACCUCAAUAAUGAAGAAAGGGAGGAGGAAGAGAGUGUUAUUACGUACAGUCACUUUGAAACACGCCUACAUGCGGCUAUAUUGCUCGAGUCACCGGGAGAAUUCAGGAACUCCAUGCUAGGAUAUGCCCGCAGGCUGUCUGAGGAUGGAUUCAGAGGAAAAGCGGAAGAAAUAAUAAAAGAGUACAUGGGUCCAAUAUUCAACCGAGGAGAAGACUUUAUUCCGACGGUACUCGGCUACAAGAAGCGGGACCUUGUAAAGGAAUUCGCAAGUAUAUUAGCAAAGGGGAAAGCGCUAUCGAAGCUUGGGCAAGAGUAUAUCGAUCUACUCAAGCAAAUAAAUUCCGAGAGUGUUUAA